GAAAGUCAAUGAUGUACAUGUAAUAAGCAGACACUAUUCAUAUGUGCUUGAGUAAAUAAUGGAAACUAUUGGGUGCAUGUGUGAGAUAGAAAGAUAGUAGAAGAUGCAUUGUGCAUAUACGAAAGAUUCGGGUUUUAAACUGUUAAUCUUUUUUUUUGUCAAACUGUUAAUCUAAGACUAGUAGUUUAGUAGUGAGAGGAGCAUGAUUAAAAUAGAAUAAAGUGUUGGACUUAUAAUAAUAAAAUAAAAUAAAGUGUGCGGAAGCAGUCAAACUAGCGACCAAUGGGAAAAAAAUCAAAAGAGAAGAAGACAAGUCAAAGAAGAGAGACAGACGAAGCAACUCAGCUGUUUCUCUCCUCUCUUCUUCAAUCGCUCUCCUUCACCACUCUCUUUCUGUAACUCUGAAGAGUUGUACUCAUUCUUAUCUCUUCCAGAUCCACAGAGAGUGUAAGAUCCUGUGCUUCCAUCUAAAAGUCAAAACCUUUGAGUCGUCUUUUCUCCAUGUUUCUUGGAUUAUUCUCCAAAAAAAUGGAAGAAGACAAAUCAAACUCCAGCAGCAGGAACAGAACCACCAGUACACAACCACCUCUACAACAGAUCCGAACAGACAUGGGUUCCUUAUACUCAGCCGAUCUCACUUCUUACAAUUCAGCCUGCAAAGAAGACCCAGAUUUACAAUCCUUCGACUCCUCUCUCCAUCAACGCACCAACAGAGUCAUCCACUCCCUCGCCUCGGGAGCCGAAUCUCGCUCUCUUUCCUUCGAAGCCCUCAUAGAAGUCUCCGGUUGUCUCCUCGAAAUGAACCAAGAAGUCGUCAGGUUCAUCAUCGAAAGCAGAGAAGAUGUGUGGGACAACAAAGACUUGACCUGUCUGGUCAACGCCUACUUCGACAGCAGCAUCAAGACCCUUGACUUCUGCAAUGCUGUCGACAACUGCGUCAAACGAGCCAGGAUUGGCCAAAUGAUCAUUCAGUUUGCUGUUAAGCAGUUCGAGAUGGAGUCUAAAACAUCUGCUGAGCCUGGUGGUCCUAACAAGUACGCCAAGACUCUGGAAGAGCUCAACAAGUUCAAAGCUUCUGGUGAUCCCUUUGAUGGAGACUUCUUCAUGCUCUUCGAGUCCGUUUACGAGCAGCAGGUCAUGCUUCUCGAGAUACUCCACAAGCAGAAGAGGAAGCUCGACAAGAAGCUCAAGAACAUUAAGCACUGGAAGAAGAUAUCGAAUGUGGUCUUCGUGACUGCGUUUGUCUCUGUUUUGAUCUUCUCCGUGGUCGCAGCCGCUAUAGCCGCACCGCCGGUCGUGACCGCGGUCGCGGCUGCGUUGGCGGUUCCGAUAGGCUCUGUAGGGAAGUGGUGUAGUCAUCUAUGGAAGAAGUACGAAACGGCUGUGAGAAGACAGAAAGAUGUUGUUCUGUCGAUGAAGGUUGGUGCUUAUAUCACGAUGAAAGACAUGGAGAACAUCAGAGUCCAUGUGGAUAAGCUGAAGAUUGAGAUGGAGUCGAUGAUGCAGAGAGUUGAUUUUGCGAUCAAGGAGGAGGAAGAAGAGGUGGCUGUGAGGCUUGCGAUGGAAGAGAUCAGCAGGAGGUUCGAUGUAUUCACGGAGAGGAUAGAGGAAGUGGGUGAAAACGCGGCUAAGUGUAGCAAAGAUAUUACGUUGGCGAGAACUAUUGUUUUGAGACAUAUUCUAAGUUUCCCAACUAGUUCAGACUCAGAGCAAGGCAACUUGAUUGAGGCUAUCACAUUGUGAGAGAGAUAGACUGUAUAAAUAAACCGGUGGUUUUGGGAAGAGGUUAUGUGGUAUGUCGUCACACAUAUAGCUGAUUUAUGUUGUAUGUAGCUGUGUGUAAGCUCUUGUAUACAUCUGUAUCUGUUUAGCAGGUGGCUUCACAGCUUAAUGUAAACACACAAUUGGAAAUAAUAUUCACAGUCCAUUUUUGA